GACGGGGGCGGCCAAGAUGGCGGACGGGGUGCUGAGCCCCGGCGUGAACCUGGAGGCCUUCUCGCAGGCCAUCGCGGCCAUCCAGGCGCUGCGCUCCAGCGUCACGCGCGCCUUCGACUGCCUCAAGGACGGCAUGCGCCACCGGGAGACGCUGGAGGGCCGCGAGAAGAGCUUCGUCUCCGCCUUCCAGGACAGCCUGCACUCCGUCAGCCGCGACCUGGGUGAGCUGGAACGUCUGAGCAAUCUGGUUGGCAAACCAUCUGAGAACCAUCCUCUUCAUAAUAGUGGAUUGUUGAGCCUAGAUCCCGUACAGGACAAAACUCCUCUCUACAGUCAACUGCUUCAGGCCUACAAAUGGUCAAACAAGGACUGUGGAAACUCUCCCCUGUCAACAUUAGAGGAUCCUGCUUGGGCAGAUGACUCCAAAGUACUGCCCUCAAGAACCCAGCAAAAUGAUCAUUGUUAUUUUGCUCCUGCUAGCAACACCCUUGAGUUACAGUAUCAUGCAGGGCUAGCGUCUGGCCUAUUGAAUCAACAGUCUUUGAAACGCUCAGCCAACCAGAUGGGAGUAUCUGCAAAACGCAGACCAAAAGCCCAGCCUACAACCCUUGUCUUACCUCCUCAGUAUGUUGAUGACGUGAUCAACCGCAUUGACAGGAUGUUCCCUGAGAUGUCCAUCCAGCUAUCCCGACCCAAUGGUACCUCUGCAAUGCUUCUGGUUACCCUAGGAAAAGUGCUAAAAGUGAUUGUGGUGAUGCGGAGUCUCUUCAUUGACCGGACAAUAGUAAAGGGAUAUAAUGAAAACGUCUACACCGAAGAUGGCAAGCUCGACAUCUGGUCUAAAUCCAACUAUCAGGUCUUUCAGAAGGUGACAGAUCAUGCAACCACUGCCUUAUUGCACUACCAGCUACCCCAGAUGCCAGACGUGGUGGUCAGAUCCUUCAUGACCUGGUUAAGAAGUUACAUAAAGCUGUUCCAGGCUCCAUGCCAGCGCUGUGGAAAGUUUCUGCAGGAUGGCCUACCACCCACCUGGAGGGAUUUCCGAACUCUUGAGGCCUUUCAUGACACCUGCAGGCAAUAGUAACACAGCUGAGUCAUUGGCUUGGCAUGAUGGAAAAUGGGUUUAUGGACCCAGUUGGUUGCAAAUAACCUCUGAACAGUGUUGGUGGUCAUUGGUGGAUUCUAUUUCUCAGCAUCCACAUGCACAUUCCCACCUCUAGCAAAUCAGUCCUUACUGAAUAGUAAAGAUGCAUUGCUACAUUUGACCAUCAAAAGGGGCAUCUUUCUGCAAGGUACUAAUGAAAAAAAUGUUUGUCUUCGACAUAAGCACAGAGGAAAAGAAGAAAAUCUCUUGUUACAGGAAGGUUCUGUGUGCUUUGCAUUGGAGCUUCUGUGCUGAAAUUAUCUUCUGGGAUCUGUGUCUUGUAGUCAUUUCAAAAGCAACUGAUAUUUUGAUGAGAUGACCCAUGUUCUAUGUCUGUUUUGCUACAGUUUUCUUGGUAGUGGAGAACUUUAUUUUUACAAACCAAAAAUAAACUUUAUAUUCAAAGA